AUGGCGGUCAUGGACCACGACAACGGUUCUGUGCGCGCACCGGCACCGGCGCCGAGGAGUCAGCCCUCGUACUCCUGCAGCGGCGGCAGCGUCGAGACCACUCACGACCACAAGCUUUCCCACUCCGACUCCUUCUGGACGCCGGCCGAAUCGCUGCGCUCGUCGUCCGCUUCGUCGUCGUCCCCACCUCUAUCCAGCAGCUCGUCGUGCGAGAGCAUUCCCGCACUCGACCUUGACCGGCACUCAUCCUUGUCCUCCACAUCCUCCUACGAGAGCUUGCACCACGUCGAGGCGGCGGCGGACCACGACCAUUCUUCCUCUCCCGACGAGUUCAUGCCGGCAACGCUGCCGCCGGCAGUCCAGACGAUGAUGGCGCAGGGGCAGCCCGCUGGGUACGACCCGAAGAGGCUCCCUUCAUCGAUGUUCCGCACGCAAUCCACGUGCCCCGCCCAAUGGAGCGCCACCUCGAACGACCAGCUGUUCAGCAUCCAGCUGGAAAACUCCGGCGGGGACGGCCCGCUUUACCUUGUCGGCGACCUCUACUACGACGACGCUGGGGUGUUCCACCGCGUCCCAUCCGUCGCGAGGCUGCCGGCCGUCCCAGAGAUGUCGACAGGAAACUCCAGCCGGAGUUUGUGCGUGAGGGAUGACUGCGCCGGGUGCAGAACAAGCAUGAACAAGAAGUCCGUCAGGUUCGCCACCGCCGAUGGCGUCGCCGGCCCGCGCAGUCUUCCGGCCGCGUUGGAGGAGACGGACGCAUCGGCGGCGGAAACUGGCGCGGCGGCGGAGGCUUGUUGGUGCUGUUGGCCGUCGAUGUGGUGGCCAAGCUGCGCGUGCCGCGGAUGCGACUGCCGAUGGUCCUGA